AUGUUCUUUAAUAAUAAUACAAUUGAACAACUUGAUAAAUUGAUUAGUGAAGUUACUGAGCCUAUAACACGAAAUAUUCUUGAAAGAAUUGUAGUUAUAAUGAAAAGUUUUACUAUUAUUACUUUACUAAAAACCCUUGGAAUUAAAAACAAAAAUGAGGUUUGUGGAUUUCUUUCAAAACAUACAGUUGAAAUAGAAGACAAGAGUUUAUUAAUGGAAUUUUAUCAGAUUAAAGAAGAUGAAAUUCAAGAUGCAAAAGAUGAGAGUGAUGUCUCUGUAUUAUGUGAUUUAUUAUGUGAUAAUGAAAGUCCUGAAAUAACUGAUAUCAAAAGAAGAUUAGAUUGUUUAGAAUUAAAAAUAGAUAAAAAUAAUAGCCUUACUACUCCAAGACAAACGGGAUUCUUAAGACCUACUUCUCCUGUAAUUACUCUUGGAAAUAAAAGUGUUGAUUCACAUGUUAGAACAGAAAUUUCUAAUACUAAAAAAGUUUUAGAAGAUGAAAUAGCUAAUUUACAAAACCAAAUUGAUAAUUUAAAACGUAGCUCUCUUUCAAUCCCUCAAAGUCCAAGAGAACAUGAAAAAAAAAUUUCAAGAACAAGUUCAAAGAAGUUAAUCGAAUAUGAAAAAGAAGAAAAGAAGGAAGAUAAAAAAUUAAGAAAGUCCCAAACAAAGAAAGACGAAGAAGAACGUAAGAAGUUAUUAAAAGAGGAAGAAGAAAAGAAAAAGGCUACAAAAAGAGAAUCAAAAUUAACAAAGAAAGAACUUGAAGAAUUAGAAAAACAAAAGAAAACAGAAGAAGAAGAGGAAAAACGAAAACAAAAAGAAGAAGAAGAACGUAAGAAAAAAGAGGAAUUAAAAAAACAAAAAGAAGAAGAAGAAAGAGUCAAAUUAAAAAAAGAAGCAGAAGCCAAAAUGCAACAAGAAAUGAGAAGAGAAGCAUUUAAUGAAGAUGAACAAUUGAUAGAUUUAGGAACACAAAUGGAAAUAUUACAAGAAUGGUCUGGAUUAUUAAAUUGUGAAAUUUUAUUUGAUUCUGAUAAUGAUGAUGCAGAAAAUGAUAAUAUGCAAUUCAAUGAAAAAGUUAUGUUUAAAGAAAAUUGUUUCUUCAUUAACUUUGAUAAAAAAGGAAAUGUUUUCGGUGCUUUUAUGAAAGAGAAUAUAGGGCUAUUAGAUGAAGAUGUAGAUGAUGACCAACAUUUUAUCUUCUCUUUAAAAAAAGAAAAUAAAAAUUGUCCAAAAAGAUGGUUCAUUAAAUCUGGAAAAGAGGGUGGAAUUAAAUUAUUUAGUAAUAACGAUUGUUUAUAUCAAAUUGGUAAUGUUAACUUCGGUUGUUUUGGUGUUUCUAAGAUAAAUCUCAGAAGAAAUGUUUGUUGUACAUUGUCUGAAGAAUAUGAAGGUAUAUCCGAUUUAGACUUGGUUGGUACAAAUUGGAAAUUCUUUAGUUUAGAAAGGGUUGUAGUUGUUCAUAUGUUUUGA